AUGUUAUCACGAUGGAUCUAUCCUAGUCUAGCAGUAGACGACAGCGAAUACCUCUUUACAAUCUUCAACAAUAUUGAUGGUGGUGAGUUGAUUCCGUUGUGGGAAGGGGAUGUUGAUGCUGGUGACUUGGAUGGGGUUUUUGAUCAGUGGUGUGGGAAGGUGGUUGGAUUGUUGAAAGGGGAUGGUGAUGUUGUUGUUGGUGAUUUGGAGAACGGGGAUGUGGAAUAUGGUGUUUUGAGUUCUGAUGAAGAGGAAUCUGACGAGGAAGAGGCGGAGUCGGCGAUUGUUGAUCUUGAAGACAUUGCUGGUAAAGCUCCUUCGAGGAUGUCGGUCGCAACAGUGAAGGAGACUAAUGGGAAUUUGAAUGGCAAGAAAGAAAUGGUGACUCCUGUGAUUAGAGAAAAUUUGGUGAAGCAGGGAUAUAAUAUUAUCGGUUCACAUAGUGGUGUCAAGAUUUGUAGAUGGACCAAGUCACAGCUUCGAGGUCGAGGUGGUUGCUACAAGCAUUCAUUUUAUGGAAUUGAGAGUCACAGAUGCAUGGAGGCAACCCCUAGCUUGGCGUGUGCAAAUAAAUGUGUUGGUUUGAACUUGGGAAUAUUUUGA